AUGUCUACAGGGCACCUUGAUAAAGCAGCGCUGAAGGCGCUGCAGCCAUCCAACUUCAGAAAUGAAAGUUCAUUAGCAUCAACUCUGAAGACGCUCCUGUUCUUCACAGCUUUAAUGAUCACUGUACCUAUUGGAUUAUAUUUCAUGACUAAAUCUUACGUUUUUGAAGGCGCCUUUGGAGUGUGCAAUAGGGACAGCUAUUUCUUUGCUGCUAUUGUUGCAGUGGUUGUUGUCCACGUGGUGCUGGCCCUCUUUGUUUAUGUGGCCUGGAAUGAAGGCUCACGACAGUGGCAUGAAGGCAAACAGGAUUAA